AUGGCAAGUUCAUCUGGAGAACAUGAGUUACUGGAUAGACUGAGCAAAAUGGCUAAGAAAAAUGAUGUUUGGAGAAGUUACAUUGGAACAGGUUAUUACAACACCCACUGUCCCCCAACCAUCCUGCGGAACAUCUUUGAAAACCCAGGAUGGACCACCCAGUACACCCCGUACCAGGCAGAAAUGGCACAAGGUAGACUAGAGAGUCUGUUAAAUUUCCAGACCAUGGUUUGCGACUUCACAGGUAUGGAGGUGUCCAAUGCUUCCCUUUUGGACGAGGGAACGGCUGCGGCUGAAGCCAUGGCAUUGUGCAUUAGGCACAAUAAAAGAAACAAGUUCUACAUUGACCAAAGAUGCCACCCUCAAACGAUUGCUGUCGUAGAAACGAGAGCAAGGGGGCUUGGCUAUGUGACUGAGAUUGUGAACUGGAGACGAGUGGACUUCAGUGCAGAUGUGUCUGGAAUUUUGAUCCAGUACCCUGAUACUGAUGGAAAUGUUGAUGACUUUUCGCGACUUGUUCAAAAUGCUCAUAGUAAUAAGUCCCUGGUGGUGUGUGCCACAGACCUUUUAGCCCUGACUAUUAUGAAGCCCCCGGGGGAAUUUGGGGUGGACAUCGCCGUGGGAACGGCUCAGAGGUUUGGGAUACCCCUGGGGUAUGGGGGUCCACACGCUGCUUUCUUUGCUACAAAGGGUGCCUUCAUGAGACUGAUGCCAGGCCGUGUGGUUGGAGUAACCAGAGAUGCCAGUGGUGAGGAAGCGUUACGCCUGGCCUUGCAGACAAGAGAACAGCACAUCAGACGUGACAGGGCCACCAGUAAUAUCUGUACAGCACAGGCCCUGCUUGCGAACAUGUCCGCUAUGUAUGCAGUGUAUCAUGGUCCUCAAGGACUCCGUGACAUUGGGAGAAGAGUGCAUCAUGGGGCAUUAAUUGUGGCAGAAGGUGUAAAGAGAGGAGGCCAUGAGUUGAUUUCUGAGCUUUUCUAUGAUACUGUCAAGUUCCGACCCACAUGUGGCGUGGAUGCCAUUAGGCAGAAGGCUCAAGAGAAACAGAUUAACCUGAGAUAUUACCCAGACGGCUGUGUAGGUAUAUCUAUCGAUGAGACUGUCCUGAAGCCAGAUCUUAAUGACCUAUUAGAGAUUGUUGACUCACCUAGUGAUGCAAAUACAUUGGCUGAUAUGUUGGGAACAGAACCUUUAUCAAGUAUAGAAAACACAGCUUUCCGGAGGACAUCUGAUUACCUCACACAUCCAGUAUUCAACAGAUACCAGUCAGAAACCAGUAUCGUCCGUUACAUGAAGCAGCUGGAGAACAAAGACCUGUCACUCGUCCAUUCCAUGAUAUCGCUGGGCUCCUGUACAAUGAAGCUUAACUCCACUACAGAAAUGAUGCCGUGUUCGUGGCCUGAGUUUGCGGGUGUCCACCCAUUCGUGCCAUCUGAUCAAGUGAUGGGGUAUCGUCAGAUGUUUGAGGAGCUAGAAAACGAUCUGUGUGAAAUCACUGGUUAUGAUAAGAUCUCUUUACAACCAAACAGUGGAGCUCAAGGGGAGUAUGCAGGCUUGAUGGCAAUCAAGUCCUACUUACAGGCGAAAGGAGAGGGACAGAGAAAUAUUUGUUUAAUCCCUGUGUCAGCCCAUGGCACAAACCCUGCCAGUGCUAUGAUGGCAGGCAUGAAGGUCACGCCCAUUAAUGUUGACAGGGGAGGAGCUGUAGAUCUUGUACAUCUGAAGGACAUGGCUGAGAAGCAUAAAGAUAACCUGGCUGCUUUUAUGAUAACUUACCCAUCAACCCACGGAGUGUUUGACCAUGAUGUCAGAGAUAUUUGUGAUCUGAUCCACCAUUUUGGCGGUCAGGUGUACCUGGAUGGAGCCAACAUGAAUGCUCAGGUGGGGAUAUGUCGACCGGGUGAUCUUUCACAUCUGAACCUCCACAAGACCAUCUGUAUUCCCCAUGGGGGUGGGGGGCCAGGCAUGGGACCCAUUGGAGUUAAGAAGCACCUGGCCCCGUACUUGCCCAGCCACCCCUUGGUGUCCAUCAGCCAGUCAGAAUCUCAGUCCUUGGGGACGGUGUGUGCCGCCCCUUACGGCUCCAGCUCAAUCCUGCCCAUCUCCUGGGCCUACAUCAAGAUGAUGGGGGCUAAGGGGCUAAGGCAGGCUUCCCAGGUGGCCAUCCUCAACGCUAACUACAUGAGUCACAGGCUGAAGGGCUACUAUAAAACCCUCUACAAGAAUACCCAUGGGUUUGUGGCCCACGAGUUUAUUAUUGACUGUCGAGAAUUCAAGAAGACAGCAAACGUGGAGGUGGUGGAUAUUGCCAAGCGUCUUCAGGAUUACGGUUUCCAUGCUCCUACAAUGUCCUGGCCCGUGACUGGCACUUUGAUGGUGGAACCCACAGAAUCAGAAGACAAGAUGGAACUUGACAGGUUCUGUGAGGCCAUGAUAUUGAUCAGACAAGAAAUUCAGGAUAUUGAAAAUGGAAAACUGGAUAAAAAAGUGAAUCCACUGAAGAUGGCACCACACACACAGGCUGUCAUCAUGGCGUCAAACUGGGAUAGACCGUACCCCAGAGAGCUUGGAGCUUUUCCUGCUACUUUUGUAAGUCCGGACACAAAAUUUUGGCCAACUGUGAGUCGUAUUGAUGAUAUCUAUGGUGACCAGAACCUGGUUUGCACCUGCCCACCUAUGGACUCCUACACGAACUCAUAUGGAGAAAGCUCAGAAGAGGCUGCUGCAGCCAGCUAG